UGCGUAAAGCCCGGGCCCGCGUGUGUCCCUCAAAAAUACUUCCCCUUGGAAAAAACAAUUAACACAAAUUGGUCAAAUUGAAAAAGAACAAAAGAAAAGAGCAAGAGCAAUGCAAAUAGAAUACAAUGUAAACAGAUGGCAACGUAAACCACAUACUGAAAGGUUGAAAGGUACUGAAUGAAAAAGUUGGUCUUGAGUCGGAAGAUAUUUCCUGAUGGACACGCUUGCUUUCCAGGAUAUUGCAGCAUGAAGAAGGAGCAAGUUAUCAACUGUCAGUUCUCGGUUUGGUAUCCGAUAUUCAAGAAACAUACAAUUAAAAGUGUGGUACUUCCAUUACCUCAGAAUGUGAUAGACUAUUUACUGGACGAUGGGACUCUGGUAGUCUCUGGGAGUGACCAUAAUACUCAGCCGAUACACACUAAUAACAGCGACUCAGAUGCAGAGGAGGAUAUUCAGUGGUCAGACGACGAAACGACAACUACGGUCACUGCUCCCGAAUUCCCAGAAUUCAACUCCAAAGUGCUGGAGGUCAUAAAUGCCCUGGGAGGGAGGGCCUUCCCCAAACUCAACUGGAGCGCUCCACGGGAUGCAAACUGGAUCGCGCUGAACAGCUCUCUGCAGUGUCAGAGCCUCAGUGAUAUAUUUCUGCUCUUCAAAAGCUCUGACUUCAUCACCCACGACCUCACGCAGCCAUUCCUUCAGUGCAGUGAUCAAGACUCCCCAGACCCGGUCAUCAAUUACGAGCUGGUCCUGAGAAAGUGGAGCGAGCUGAUUCCCGGCGGAGAGUUUCGCUGCUUCGUCAAAGAAAAUAAGCUGAUAGCUAUCUCCCAGAGAGACUUCACUCAGUAUUACCAUCACAUCCUGAAGCAGGAGGAGCAGAUCAGUCAGGCUAUACAGGAGUUCUUCCUCCAGCACAUCCAGUAUAACUUCCUGGAUGAAGACUUUGUGUUUGAUGUCUACAGAGACAGUGAGGGGAAGGUGUGGCUCAUCGACCUGAACCCCUUCGGAGAGGUGACCGACGCGCUGCUCUUCAGCUGGGACGAGCUGACGUCCGGCGGGGGAAUCGCUCAGCGGCAGCAGGACAGCCCGGCGUUCAGAAGAAAAGCCAACAGGAAGAAUCUGACGACGAAGAGGAUGAGAGCGCUCCACAGUGACACGGGCGCCAUCAGCCUCAUUUAUGAUAAUGUCUGCAUAAAGUGACUUUUUUUUUUCUGGAGGGGGGGGUUUAUGCCAUUUUCUUCUCACUAUCCUCUGAGCAGACAAAAGUGUACCC